CUCUCUUCUCGUCCAAACAUGGCCGCGUUGUAUGAGGGAUACACGUUGUGCGGACUCGUUCCAGCUCAAAACUUGUCUAACUCGGGCAUUCAGGGCGUCGAAGAGGAGCGAGACAGUGACCAUGUCAUCGUCACCGACUGGACCAGAUCUGUUACGCUGUACAAGGUGUCAGACCAGAAGCCACUGGGCAGCUGGACCAUCAAACAGGGUCAGACACUGACCUGUUCAGCAGUCUUCAACUCACUGACUAAGGAAUAUGUGGCUGUCUGUGACAAAAAGGUGAUCAAAAUAUGGAAGGAAGGUGACAUAAUUUUAGAUAAGACCUUCAAAGCAACCGUGUCAUCAGAUAUCUGGAAGAUUCACUGUGUACAGGGAGGAGAGCCUGUGGUGUUGUUCCAGCGAGGAGCUGUGAGACUGCUGGACUCACUGCUUUCUGCUCCACAGCAGCCCAUAGAGGAGGUCCUGGCUCAAGAAGAGGUCAUAAGGUGGAACGCAAAUAUAUUGGCAGAAACACAGCAGUUUGUCAUCUUCACAACUGAACAGAAAGGAGAUCAUUUCCUGUACCUGCAGAAAUUGAACCCUAACACUUUACAGAGGUACCGGCUGGAGAGAGAAGAGUCCAGUCUCGCCCCACUCAGCUUUUCUGCCUCCUACAGGGAUAAACACAUCCACCUGCUUUAUCUCUAUCCUAAUGGCCAUCUCUACCAGAGUGUCAUCUCAGUGCGGGGUCUGGGGACUGAAGAUGGGGCCCAGGCUCUUCCUCUUCCUCGUAGCCUGCUGCUGGGUCUUCCUGUGGGUGAGGGUCCCCUGGAGGCAGCAUCAGCCCUCAUCCUGGAUGAAGCUCAUGUAGCUGUGGUUGGGGUUCCACACCCAUCGGCUGGAGCUGGGAAAGACUUUCUCUGCAUCUGGAAUACCAACUUCCAGACUCUUCAGGCAGGGAAAGAGAUGGCGGGUAAAAUCUAUGGGCAGCUAUGGUGUUUUUCCAACAAAUUAUUCAUUCCACAUGGGAAAACCCUCUCUGUUAUACCAUUUGUUUGCCCCAAAUCUUCACUGGCCUCUGCACUGGGGAAACUAAGGCAGGCCAAACCUGAAGAGUCCAAAGCUCCAGCUUCAGUACCAUCUUGGAACAAUAUUCUGCACGGCGAGAAAGCUCCUUCGAGAACAGUGGAAACCAGGAAGACGAGAACAACCCGCAAGACUCAAUCAACACUUUGUUUAACAAGUGAACAAGUUCUGGAGCUAAUUAAGACGGCACCAGCAGAGGACGUCCAGAAAGAGGUAGAGGGUCUUCUGUCUCGAUCAGACAUCCAGGACUUGCAGCCUUUAGUUGGGCAGCUAGUAUCAGUCCUUGUGUCCCGCAGCCUGGAUGAUUCAGACUUUUACAUCCCCAGCAUCCUGGCACAGCUAGUGCACACUCGGUACCUCUGCCACAGUGUGUGUCCUGACCUUGUACUGUUGGCCUUGGAGAGGAAGGAUUACUUUCUGUGUCAACUCUGCUUGCAAUUCUUCCCUGACAUCCCUGAGGCAAUCACCUGUACCUGCCUCAAGACCUUCAUCAGUAUGUCGGAUAGUGAUGCAGAGAAAGCCACCCUGGAGCCUGAGAGCGUCUCCUUCAUGGAAACCGUCGCCUCUAGGGACAGUGACCAGGUUUGCCAACAGAAUGGUUUUGGCCCCACCUCUUUUGACGAGGAGCACACAGACAACCUCCUUGGGGAUGGUGCAGUCUCAAAGACCAAAACUGCAGAUCAAAAGACAUCAACUCCAUCGGAAAAUCUCUGUCCGGUGGGAUUACACAAGGCUGUCCUACUAAAUGAGGUUUUGCAGACGGCAUACAGCGAAACCUUCCUCCUCCCACACCUAAAAGAUCUGACCUCCCAGCAUGUUGUUCUUUUCCUCCAGUACUUGCAGUUCCUCUACCUAAAGUAUUCCCACGAUGCCUUCCCACAGAUGCACGGACUGAGAUCACCAAGUCUGACUCAGAUCAUGGAUUGGGUUUGCUUGGUGUUGGAUGCCCAUUUCACAGUGCUAGUGAUGACACCAGAGGCCAAAGGCUUACUGCUGAAUCUCCACAGCUUUGUUAAGUCACAGGUGAGACUGGUCUCUGAGCUUGGAAAGAUUGAGGGCAGCCUCCAAGAGCUGAGCAACAUGAAAGUGAAGAAGGACGUUGGCCAGUACUCCAUCGAAAUCAUUGAGCUGUUUUAGAAUGUGUACAGAAUACUUUUAAUAAACCUUUGAGCAUAA